UUGGGGGUGUGGGGUAGAUGAAAGAAAAAGGAGAAGAGUGAAAGGAGAGGGAUUCUGGGUGUUGGCUCUACUCUCUGCAAAUGCCAUCCCCCUUCCCCUCCUCCCUGCCUUAAAACCCAGCAGCAGAUGCUGAUCGAUCCCAUCCUCGCCUACCCACCACCACAGACCUCCAGAAACAGAGGGAGAGAAGCUUGUGGGUGGUUCCGAAUUUUGCUGGAAUUCGCUUCUUCAGUUCGUUUAUAACCAUGUCUAUCCUGGGUCUCGACGAUACGAGGCCAUUGUGUUGGUUCGGCAUGGAAUCUGGAGUGCGAUCAAAUAUUUAUUUAUUUAUAAUCUGAAUACACAGCUCCUAGCUUGUAGAAUAAAUCAAAGCCGUGGAUUGUGCUGAAAGCUUUGAGCUCUUGCAGUUAGUGCUCUGGCAUUUCUGGUCUGCCUAUCUUUCACUGGAUAGGGUGUUCUAUUUUCUUUAUCGGCUUGCAUACACGGGAAGUUUUCAUUGCGCGCCUGACUGAACUACGGGAUUUAACCCCAGUAUCAUAUUAGUUGCAAGCAUGGUCUAAAACAUCAGAAGGAACUGAUUUGCCUUAUACCAUGGGUAAAGAAAAUCUCCCACCGACCGCCCACAGUGCUGAAGUUAACCACUGCUCAUCUAAUGACAGUGAUGUUUCAGAAACUCCCUCCCGUCAUAGUUGGGAGAAGGACGGGGGCAUGCCAAUUUGUCGUGUGUGCCAGUGUGUUGAAUCUGACCGACGAGGAGAUGCAGCAUUAGGGUUUUUGGGUAUUACUCCGCGUUCUCCUGAAAGAAGUGAUGGUGACAUGAACAAUCUCAAUCUCCAGAGUGAUCUUUCUCAUGCAAAAAAUCCUGGAAGAGAUCCUAAAUUUAUUGAGAUUAUCAGUCCUGAUGGGGAGGUUUAUGUUUGUGCUACUGAUCUGGAAAUAGGCCACCAUCAAGACUCAUUGCUGGAGCUUGGGUGUUCCUGCAAAAACGAUCUUGCACUAGUACAUUAUGCUUGUGCACUGAAAUGGUUUGUUAACCAUGGAUCUACUGUUUGCGAAAUCUGCGGACAGGUUGCCAAAAACAUAAGCACCACUGACUUCAAAAGGGUCAUCAAUUCUUUAAAGUAUUAUGAAAGGUUAAGGGAAAGAACAGCUAGCGGGGAACCCAACUCUGUACCAUUACAUAUGGGUAUGACUGUUGAUCCUGAUGCUCUUGCUGCUAUUCGUAGGCAACGUCUCAGCGAGAUUUCACUGUGGUUUAACCCACACCACAAUAGCAUAAUCAACAACAACCAGAAUAACAUUGCUCCGCAAGUUGUUUCUGAGCAGCCUUCAACUAUUGUCAAUCAAGACAAUGGCAGUGGCCCAUCUGAAAAUCCUGCAACAAAAUGGGCUGUUGAAGGUACUGGGAUUUUGCUUGCUACAGGAUUACUAACUGUUACUCUUGCAUGGCUUAUAGCUCCACGAGUUGGAAAGAAAACUGCAAAAAGUGGUCUUCAUAUACUUCUGGGUGGUGUUUGCGCCUUGACAGUCGUGGUCUUCUUCCGCUUUUUUGUACUAACCAGAAUCAAGUACGGACCGGCACGAUAUUGGGCCAUCCUCUUUGUUUUCUGGUUUCUGGUAUUUGGGAUCUGGGCAUCAAGGACACACGGUGCACACACAACAUGAAGUCGUUCAGAAGAUAUUGCAGCUGCCUAGCAAAUGUAGAUGCGCACACACAACAUGAAGUCAUUCGGAAGAUAUUGCAGCUGCCUAGCCAAUGUAGAUGCGCACACACAACGUGAAGUCAUUCGGAAGAUAUUGCAAAUGUAGAUUUGCAGAACCUUGUAAUUAGAUAUCCGAGCUCGGAGAUCAUCUGUUGUCUUUGUUCUUGAUUUGGAAUGAUCAGUUGUAUCAAUGUAUCGUCUUGUAAGUCCAAUAUGAGCAAUUUCUCGUGGUAGAUCGUUAGGUUGGGUGCGAGUAUUCGGAUAAGUCUUCUGUAUCUGGAUUGAUGAUACAGAGGGGACUAUAAUUCAUGGUCAGGAGCAUUAAUAACUGCUGAUCCUUCGACCAAAUAUAUUUGAGUGUUCACCCGAGACCUAUCUUGCAAUGAAACUUUGUGGCUCUUCC